AUGGCGGACGAGCUCACGGUGGACGAGGUGAACCUCCACUCGAGGGCAUUCGAGGAGCUGGACCGCAACGGCGAUGGCUUUGUCGACCUGAGCGAGUUCCAGGCAUCGAUGGAGGCCACGGGCAAGCGGGCAGGGAAGCCCGUCUCCUUUGAGGCGGUGCGCAAGACCUUCGAUGACCUCGACGUGGACAGCGACGGCCUCAUCUCGUACGAUGAGUGGAUGGCGGCGCAGCUGCGGAUCAAGCGCAGGCGGCUGGCACGGGAAGCGAAGCGCGAGACGAGGCGCCAGAACCAGCGCCAGUCAAGCGGGGCCAGCACCGGGGCGUUGGGUCUGAACCGCGGAGCCUCAGACCGGGCGGCUGAUCGCGAGGAGGAGCGGAGGCGCGUGCAGCGGCUGAUGCAGAAGCGCUCCGUCUCGUUCCUCAACGAGUGCCCGCCGCCCGCAGAGGCGCGUGUUGCGGAGCUCGAUGCGGAGCCGGAGGAACGCGAGCCGCCGGCGCCUGCGCCCCCUGUCCUCAAGCCGGCUCUCAGCUCUGUCGGCGCGCUGUACGCGCUGCUCAAGAGCGUGGCAGCGCAGGACGACCACCCUGCGGCGAGUGAGGCGGCGAGGCUGCUCGCCUCUUCGCCCGACUCCGAGGCUGAGGAGCACUCCACGCUAGGGCGGGUCACAGGAUCCGCCAGCGCCCUGGCUUGCGCCGAGGAGGAGCAGGGCGAGGAGGAGCAGGGCGAGGAGGAGCAGGGCGAGGAGGAGCAAGGUGGGAAGGGCGAGGCGGAGGCUUCGGAUGAGAAUGGGGGGGCGGACGAGGCAGCGGAGGGGGUGGAGAAGCAGGAGGCGGAGGAGGCGGCGGCGGAGGAGAAGGAGGGAGGCGAUUCCGACGACGAGACGGGGUCCGAGGACUCGUGUGGGAGCUCCAGCGACGAGGACGCGGGGGGGAGCGACGGUGGCGCUGUCGCCGCCACGAGCGGAAGCGGCGCGAUGGGCGCGGGGCUAGGGGACGGGGGCAGAGGGGGGAUGUCGUCUUCCUCCUUCGCGCUGAGCAUGCUUUUCUCGAGCUCUAUUCUCGAGAUCCUCUUCUCUCAGAUGCAGUUUACCGGCCUCAACGUUGCCGUCUUCAAGUGCUUCAGCUCGGAGGUUCCGAAGCCGGCCCGCGACGCGUGGGGCUCGGUGCUCGGGUGGACGGAAACGCUCAACUCGCUUCGCCUUGCGGAGGUUUCCGAGUCUUUCGGCUUCGAGGAUCUCGCCGAGACGGUCUCCGACCUGCCCUGGUCGUGGUUCUACCUUGUGUUCGCGUGCAUCACGCCGCUCUGCAUAUCCUUCCUCGUGCUGCUGCUCUUCAAGAGCACCUUCGAUGUGCUCUGGCUCUUCGCCAUCACCGCGGGCGUGGGGACCACCCUCGUCGGCUUCCUCCUCGCCUACUCUGUGCCGAUCGAGGACCUGCUUCUCCUAAACCCCAACCUCUCCCCCGAGGUCUUCACCUGGGCGUACACGAUCGGCCUGGUGAUGGUUGGCGGCGCACUCUUCGUCCGUGCGGCCGCCGGAUGGUUUCAGCUGCGCGUCACCUUGGUCAAGGCCAAGUUCAAGCUGAGGCUGACAGCCGAGCGGUACAAGCGCAAGGACACCGCCUCCAUCGCCCGCUCGCUCGCCGCCGUCGCCGCGAGGAGCCGCUACGGCGCGCCGCGCCCGCCGAUGGACCUGAUCCGCACGGCGAUCCUCGGCGCCGGGUUCUUCUUGAUCGGCGUUGGGCGGUACAUCGACGCCACGCGGAGGGCGCCGCCGGCGCAGGACGGAUCGAAUAGCAGCCCCGGUUCUCUGGUCGUGGAGGAUGCCAACCCGCUCUACUCAGUGGCGGUGCAGGUGAUCGCCUUCUCGCUCUCGGCCAUCUGCUUUGUUUUCUUCGCCCUCUGCCUCUUUGAGACGGGCCGCAAGCGGCUCGAGGACGCCGCCACACUGACCAACCAGCUCGCCAUGUCGGGGCUGCUGUUUUGCGCGUCAUUCCUCUACGUGCCCAUCGCGCGAUUCGUCUUCACCGCCUUUGUGGCCGAUGACGAGGUCUGCGACGCUGGGGAGUGGUACCCGACAGCGCCAUCCCUCUUCGGGGCGCCGUCGCUCUACAUCCGGACAGCAGAUGGCCAAUUGGAACCUUUUGAGCUGGGGAUCAGCGAUGAGACAAAUGCGACGGCCUGCCAGCAGUGUCAAUUCAUCAACUACGGCCCGGCGGACGGGUACAGCAUCAACACAACGGCGGACGGGUACAGCAUCAGGUACACGCCUUCGACAACGUGUCCUGCCUUCGACUCCGUCGGCUUCGUCGCGUGCCCGGGUGAGGAACGCACCGUGCUCAACGCCGAGCGCGCGCUCGACUUUUACGACUCCGUCGCCCCUUUCUACUUUCCCGCGUCGAUCCUGAUGUUCAUCGGCUUCACGGGCAUGUUGAUCGUGUUGUUCGCGCGCGUCGUCUCGCACCACGAGCGCGAGCUCGAGCGCGUCCCCAUCGACCCCGCCGCACUGGCGGAGGUGGCCGAGCGCGAGGCGGCUAAGAAGUGGAGCGUGUGCGGAAUGCUUUCGUGCUCCAACCCGCGAACGCAGACGGGCCCGCUCACGCUCACGCGAGGCAUGAUCGGAGGCUCGGCGGCGGCGCUCAACCGAGGUCUCUCCCGCACCUUCUCUCGCGAGGGCGGCACCGCGACCGACGUCGAGGACGGCGCGGUCGCCGGUGAGGGCGGCACCGUCCGGGGCCCCUCCCGCGGGCUGUCGCGCGGGCUGUCGCGCGGGCUGUCGCGCGGGCUGUCGCGCGGGCUGUCAGGCUGGAUCCCGACCGAGCGGAUCGCUGACUUUCUCCACGUGGAGCGCGUCAAGGCGGCGGAGGCGAGCGUGGCGUGGGAGUACCGCAUCCUCCGCUCGCGCAACCGUGCGCGCAAGAUCUACUCCGUCUUCUCUCACAAGUGGCGCUACUACCGCGCCAUCAACAUCGUGCAGAAGCUGGCGCUCGUCAUCGUCGCCACGUUCCUCUCCAAGCCGCCCUAUUGCCUGGUUGCGGCGAUCCUGAUGCUUGUCAUCUACGCCGCUUGGAUGGUCGUCGCCGUGUGGCAGCGCCCCUACUUUGACCCGGCGUCGAACGCGAUCAAUGUGGCCGCUUCGCUCGGGUGCCUCGUCUCGACCAUCUUGAUCCUGCUCGCCCGCUACGACGCCCUCGGCGGAUUGGGCGAGGAGGCGAUUGUCUGGAUCCUCGUCUCCUUCAACUAUCUGCUGCCUCUCGUCUGCCUCCCCGUCGGGCUCGUGCUCGCCUACCGCCACCGAUCCAAGCACCUCGCCAUCGCGGAGGAGCUGGAGGGGGCGUUGCCGCCCUCGCAGCUCGUCGAGCUGACCUCGACGCGCAAGAAGGUGGACCAGUCGCUCAACAGGUCGACGCUCUCGCUCUUCGCCUCCGCCUUCAUGCUCUCCGCCUUCUGCGCGUUCGUCGCCGUCUUCCUCGUCAUCGUCGGCGCCGUCCACGCCUCCGCCACCGGUCUCGUGGUGCGGAGCACCCCCGAGGGACUCGGCGCAAAGCUGUUCGACGACUACCGAGCCGACGGCCUCGGAGAAGAGCUAGCGGAGGAUAUCACCAAGGCGCGCAUCCGGGAAUACGAGUUCCUCACUGAACACGUCAACGCCACGGAUUGGGAGUCCUUCAUCGGCGAGUGCUGCUGCCGCGACCAGUACCCCGACGACGAGGAGCUCGCCAAUCGCACCGAGCUGUGGACGUGCCGCAAGAAGCCGGGGGACGCAGCAGAGGAGUGCGACCCGACCCGUGACGACUGCGUCAUCCACAAGCAGCGCCAGCGCGUCGGCGAGAGUAAGAGCGGCCUCACUCUCCGCCGCUUUUGCGACCGCGAAUUUGCGGCGGGGGUCGCCGACCCGGUUUGGGUCUCCACGGAGAAGGCGUUUGCUCCGAAGUUCGAGAACGUGUCCGACGGCUCGCUGCCCGCUCACUGGGAGCUGUGGUGA